AUGUAUAGACUGAGCAGAAGAUUUCGCCGGCGUUUUGGAAAGGAUAGAGAGGAGAGGAAAGAUAAACAUGCGUCGGAUUAUGUUAUCGUCUUGCUCGAUGGAAGUGAUCUUUCCUUCAAUUUACACGUAAGUUUUUCUUCUACCUACAGUGUUAUUCUGAAUUGUUGAAUAGAACAGUUGAUCGCCUCAUUCGAGAGUUUCUAAAAGCGUAGUUAAUAACUGUUUUGAUGCUGUCGAAUACAAUUUACGAAGUGGCCAAUUUCCGUACCCGAACCGUUGAAUAACGUUCGUCAUGCGUUUUGCUUGGUUAACUUUAGCAUAAAGGAAUGUUUUCUCCAAGAGCUAAUAUUUACUGAAGCCUUGCAAAAUAGACGGUCUUUGAUAUUUUUUGGGGGAUCCACGUUAAUGAGAUAAGAUCUUAAUGUUAGCGAAAGUAAUCUAACUUUUAUUGCCAUUCGAUUGAUCGAUGCUUCCUCGAGCGCUGACUUGUGCGUAGCUUGAUCGAGUUCACUCUGUGUGCAGCAGUAAUCGAGGCCGAUCUUGAAAAGCGUGGCUCAGUUGUCUGUUUGCAUAUUAAGUCGCUUUCAGUUGUCUUAUGAAAGCAAAAGAGUCCGGAUUUAACCGGGAAAACAUAAUUUGACCUUUACUCUUUUUGAGAAGAUGUUUGAACGGGGCGUUCCGUCAAAAAAAUUAUUUCAAUUCCAAGUAAAACUCGUUCAUGCAUUUUAAGUUUGCCAACAGGUGUUGUUUUGAACAUUAAAUAUGUUUAUUAAUUGUUCUCCUUUAUAAUUUCUUUCAAAUGUGAUUCAGACGAGAUAACAAAGCAUUUCUGUGACUGAACGACAAUCUGGCUAUUUUUGUUGUGUUUGGUCAGAUCGAAGACGAUUAACCCCUGAUUUAUAAGCGCCUUCACUUCCGCUGAAAUACUAAAUCUGAUGACAGACGAAAGUUUUCGCUGUCAUGUAAAAGGUUGUUACCGUAGGCGUUCUCUCCCGUGGAUAAUGUGUGAAUUAAAGUUAUUUUGUUUGUUGUAAGUCAUUUUAAACAAUAGUGAAUGUUGACGUUGGGUUAUAAAUCUGCGUGUCUAUUUAUUAUACUGCCAAAUUAACUCUUAUUGUGAUGAGCAUUAACAAGUCUUUUACAGAAUGAGAAGUCACGAUUUUGGGCUUCUUAACUUAACAGUGGUGCAAAAAGCGAGACUUUGAGCAUACAUGUACAAGGAACAAUGAACAUUGCAUGGUAGACUGCAGACAUAUCGAAGUGUUCUUUGCAUGCCUUCAAUAUGAUGUAAAAGAUAUUUUUAAAACCUUUGUGUCAUUCUAGAAAGUUUAAUAGGAUUCAUUCCAACAUGUUCAAAACUAAUAAGUUAAUCAUUUUGACUAUGACAGCAGGAGGCUAUUAUUGCCAUUAAUUUGUUCUUUUAAUAGGUGUCGUAUUCGUUGUGAUUUAACACAAAGUAUAAGACUUUGAGAUUUGGCUGUUUCCUGAACUUCAAAUCAAGCUUAAGAAUGUUUUGCCAACUUUUUUGACAUUAUUUUUGUUCUUUUUAGUCACGAUCAGAUGAAAAACUGAAAUAGGAAGUCAUUCAAAGGUUAUGGAAAUUAAUAAGUAAAAAAUGACAUGUUUAAAAAACACUAUAUGGUGCAUACGUUGUCUUAGCAUUAAGACAACUUUGGAUGAUAAAAACAGUUGUGGGAAGGGAAAUCUGGGAAGCAAAAUAGAAGUCUGUAAACAGGGUGCAAAGAAAGUCAUUUUUACAGCUUGCCAUUCGGGCAAGCUGAAGUUAGCAUUUACUAGUCCAAACAUCAUUUCAACUAGCCCCAAAAGCGUUUUGGUGAGAAGAUUGAUUUCACAGUUCUUCUGUAAUUUGAAUUCUUCAAAAAACUUCACUUGCCCAUCGGGCAAGUCAAGAACAGCAUUCACUAGCCCGAUAGCCAAAUCCACUAGCCCCAGGCUAUCGGACACUACUUUCUUUGCACGCUGGUAAAGUGAACUGAAUAGUUGUUAAAAUUUAUUACAGUAACCUUAUUCCCACUCACAUAACAUUAAUUUUAUAUUCACGUGAGACAAAUGUUGAUCUGAACGGUUCGCUACUGGAUCAAGGCAUGGCAAAAGACCCCUAACCCGGAGCUUGUGGAAUGACCUGUUGGCUAGAAUAAUAUAGUAAUUACAAGUUGUCUGCAUGAUGGGCGAGCAUUGUUUACCGAGAUAAAGUAAAUAUUAGUGAAAAGGAAGGUGGGAAUCCUACACAAGCAAGUAACCUUAAGCAACAGCUUGACAGAAGGCCGAGUGAUUUUUUUGAAAUUAUUUUCAGUUCACCCUGUAUACUGAUACAUUUUCAUAGUACUCCUCACUGUAUUAUCUGCCUUCAUUCCUUUUUUGGUUGUGAUAGACCAUGUCAGAGUUAUUGUUUUAUGUUCAACAUAAUUAUUUAAACUUCAUUAAAAUGUUUCAGGCUUGAAGAGAAUGUGGCAUGUUGUCCCAUAUAGUGCCUGCUUUAAAAUCUUCCAGACACAGAUCUAAUUUAUAAAUGCAAUACCACUUAAAUAUCACUCUGAAUAUUGUGCUAUACAGUUGUUGGGUUCAUUGAGGAAACCACACGAGUUUACAUAAAAUUAUACUAAAUGUACAGUACUUGUACAUUGUAUUCCUUGCUACAGAAAGUAGAAAAUGCAAAAUUCUUGUGUCUCUUAAGAGGAGAGGAAGUUUGUAGUCAUAAACCUCUGUUUAACCCCUAGAAGUUGCUGAAGUCAUAUUUGACAAUAUAUUUAAAUUUCAUUUUGUAUGAUGCUGAAAAGAAAAUAAUUUCAAAUGAACAUUAUUUUAUUGGUGAAGAGAAUUCUUUUGAAUGUUAACACCACAAGAUUUCAUCCACAGACCCCAGGGUCAGAACCAUCUUUUAACACUCUAUCUGCACUCACUUUGGUGGUGAAAGUGUUAACCCUGGAUUGGCCUAGCCUAUUCAUAUGGAAGAUAUUUUAGUAAAGAGCCUAAGACAAGAAGAAAAUACAGGAGCAUGGCAUCCAUAAAUGCCUAUACCCCUGUGCAUGCAUUUGAAAUAUCUUUUUUAUGCUUUGCCACAUAUUUUUGAGAACCAUAUCUGUAACCUUAAAAGUUCAUUCACUGUAGAGGGAAAAUAAAAACAUUGUUCUGUUAUUCUUGUGAAUCACUUUCACAGCUGGGCUUUUAUUGUGGUUUGCCUUUGGCCUUUUUGCUUGCACUGUUAAAACUUUCACAGCUCCAGGGGUCAGUCUGGCAGACUGGGUUGAAAAGACCAAUGCUUUGGUGAUCUGUAUGGCUCAUCUUAUAUAACAAGUUGCAUGAAUAAUACAAUAAUAAGUUAUUCGUUGUAUGAAUGUAAAUAUAUACUAAUUUUAAAAAAAAGGUGAUGAGGUAAAAGCACUAUAUAAAAGGCAGACUGCUUUAUCUUGCACAAGAGGAUAGGCCCUUAGUCUAGCAUUUUUCUUGAGUUUGUUUUAUUUCUUCUGUUUAGAAAAAAGCCAGAGGACAAGAACUUCUGGAUCUUGUGUUCAAGAAUCUUGACUUGGUUGAAAAGGACUACUUUGGACUUCAGUUCAUGGACACACAUCAAGUUUCGGUAUAAUUAAAAUUAUCUUCAUUCUGCAUAUUUUUUUUUUGUCAUGCUGCAUGUUACAUAGUCAUGUACAUGGUAUGCAUAUGGCAAGUUAAAUGGAUUUCAAGUCAAAAUGAUUAUUUUCCUGAUUUGCUGAUUUAUAUAGACAUGUGGGGUGUUUUUGACAUGUUACUAACAUAAGUUGGAAGAUUAGCACUUGAAAGAGAUUGUUUCCCCUGUGGGGUCAAAGAUGUGACAUCCAACAGGAUGAGCGGUCAGACUAUACAUCCAUAAUGAUGAGACAGAAAUUAAAAAUCAAGCUAUCAGGAAAUCCUCUCUAUCUAAAGUUCAUUGAGCGAAAUAAAUAGUACAAAUAUAAUGCAACAUUUUGUGUUUCUGGUUUCUCCAACAGCACUGGCUGAAUCCUUUGAAAAAAAUCAAAAAGCAAGUCAGAAGUAAGAAAAUACACCCUAAAGAUGACAGUUUGAAUCUGUUGCUCAUUUUUCUGAAGCUAUUAUUUUCACUUGGGGUGAGGUCAAGGUUAAGUAGAACCUAAAGGGAUUGUGGAAAAGCAAAGCAGACCGAGCUGUAAGGGUUUUAGAAUCUGCUCAUAACUAAAAAUAUGAGUUACCAAAAACUGUUAAUAUUGCCAAUAUCUUAUUGUCAGAGUUCUUACAGAGUCUUGAAUUCUUGAAAAGGUUUUGAAAUUUGCCCAACAAUUUUCCAGACCUGGAAAAAGUCUGGAAAAUAGAGAUAUAGUCUUGUAAAAAUGGCAAAAAGUCUUGAGUUGUUUUGAAAGUUACAAUAAGUGCUUUACAAGUGAAAUUUUUUUUUCCUGCUGGUCAAAUCUUAUUCAAUCUUUCCUGUACGUUUGCAGUGCAUCAUGAAGGAAGCCUUGUUCCUUCAGUUUUUUUUAAGGUCCCUAUUUGAUAACCUUGAGUCUGGAAAAAGAAGUUAUUGUUUUGGAAAAAGUCUGGAAAAAGUCUUGAAUUUUGGAUCCAAAAAUCUGUAUGAACCCUGUAUUAUUUACUCCCCUCAGGGCUUUUCAGGGAUAAUAACAACAUUGGUUGGGGGACUAAUUGCCAGUGAAACUGCUUUCAAUGCAGUUUACAAGUAAUGAAGGAAAGAAAAAUGAUGCCCCUUAUGUGAGUAAGAAUUUGAGAUAGACACCAUACUAAGUACUGGGGCCUUUUUAAGGACAGUGUGUAGGUUCUUCAUUGUCCCACAUAAUUUAUUAUAUGUGCAAGGGUUGUGAGACAGGGCCUAUGGUUUUUCAUCCUUGUCUGAGAAGACUAGUAAGUCUAACCUUUUGCAGAAGUCAUUACAAAGGUAGCAGGUUAUCCGACUCUGUUAUUUAAAAGAUCCUGAUUGCUGGUCUAGCUGAGGUAUAAGCCAGCGCGGCCUCCUGUUUGGUAGACCGGCGCUUGUCCAAUUGAGCUAACUGUGCUGCGGCAAAGACAGGGGAGGAGUGACCCUACCAGAAUUCUCAUAACCAGGUUUAUUCAUGUUCUGCUUGCAUCACUGACUAUCUGUUUUCACUAGAUCAUGACUGACAGUCAUACAUGAAAAUGUUUAGCAAAGUUGGAUUAGUGCUGGUUUGCCAAGCAGGGGGUUGCUGGUUCAAACACUGGCUGGACCAACCCCCAGGUUCUUAAAAUAACUGAGGAUAAAGUACUACCUUUGUAAUAACAUCUGCAAGUGGUAAAUUUAAGGCAUUCUACAUGUAUACUCUCUUAUUUUGUAAAAAAUUCUGUUUGGUUUUAGUUGGUCCACCCUUUACACUGCACUUUAGAGUCCGAUUUUAUGCCGCCGAGCCUCAAGAUCUCAGUGAAGAACUUACCAGGUAUGCGUGGAAGUUGAGAUCCCUUCGUUUAGAAGGACGGUUUCUCAUUAUAAUGAAACAGGUCUGGUCUGACUCUUACAUGUGCACAUUCAGUUGAAUACAGCGACUAAUAGAACAUACAUGUACAGUAAUAUUGUUGCCCUGCUAAAUUUUGACAUCUAUCAUUGCGACGAACACAUGAAUUUUUUUAAAUAUCUUCUUCAUAGUGGUACGUGCAGUAAAGAUUGCACAUUUCAAUUCCAUUUUACUGUAAGACACCAGUGUGUGACAAAAACAGACUGCAGACUUGCAAACUGGCAGGUAAGUGAGGUAAAUGUUGUUGUGAAAUGUUCUAACAGAUUCCUUAUCCUUAAACUAGAAGAUUUAAAGUUUAGAGUUAGAGAAUCCGUCGAAGCAUUUCCCAACGAUAUUUUUCUAGUUUGCCUGCCAUUCUGCAAGUCUGCAGUCUGCAUUUGUCACACACUGGUAAGAUACAUCUCAUCAUGAGUCUCCCACUACUUGUACAUUUCACUCUAUUAGAGUCUCUGACUGAUUGCUAAUGGUUCUUAUUUGGAAUGUAGCUGUCAAAUUUUUGCCCAAUCUUAGCACUUAACCUACUAGAUUUUCAUUGAAUGUUUGAGCUGAAGGUAUCACUUGUGUUAAUGUUAAGAUGUAAGAUGUAAAUUUAGAGAGUGCUUAUUACGUCUAUUAACCCCACCAUUUACAUGUACUGUAAAGGUUGUGAAAGUUAAAAAAAUUAAGAAUCCAAUUAUUUUGUAAAAAGUGCCUUUUGCACGUCAUAUACAGUAAUUUGUAUUAAUUUAUAUUGUAAUUUCUCGUCUUCAGAUUAUUUUGACAGUAGUAGAGGUUUCAGAUAACCUGAUCACAUCCCAAAUUCUCUCGCCCUGUCUAAUAAGUUUAAGUAUUGAUUUUGUAAGGAGAAAACUAAUAUUGAUGAUAAGAAAAGUCAGAGCCUAAAGGGUUUUACCUCUCAUCACCUGUGAUUGUCAUUGUUUUUUUCUUUUUGUUGCUUUAGAUACCAUUUCUUUUUACAAAUCAAGCAGGAUAUCUCCAGGGGAAAGUAAGUCCUUUUCAGUUAUAAAUGACACAUUGACAGUAUUGAAAUGCCGGCUUUGGACCAAUGUCCUUGUACUGCUCAUAGACUUCUUUCAUGAUGACAUCCCAUUUAUUUGUUUUUCUAUAUAUGUAAAUGAGCCUCCCUGGUCUCGCUUGAAGCAAACAAUAAUUGUUUUGUAUUUUGUGCAUGCUAAUGAGGUCAGAAAGGCUAAUUUUCAUACUUAUAAGAGGUCUAUGAUAUGUCAUCACGUCCUAAUCUUGAAAGAUGACUUUGAUGUACAAUUUUGCAGAGUGCAAAUCUUCCAAUGUGCUGUUAAAUGAGAGUGUUACUUGGAAGUCAUCUAAAGAUAAUGUAAAAACCAUUUUGCCCCUACCCCCUUCCCCACCCCCCUGCCAAAACAGCUGGUAUUUACAUUAGAAUAGUAAAUUUAAUAGUCCAUGUUACAGUUACAGGUGCAAAUGAGGCUGGAGUUGACCCUGUUUGAUACAGCCCUUCCCCCUUAUUAUGUUAAUCCAUGUUAUUUUUAGCCCAUUCGGCAUUACCUAUGUAUUAUUUUUUAGCAUGAUUUUAAAAUCCAACUAGUUGGUCAAAAAUCAAAAAAAAAAAAAAUUUUAGGUUUAAAGUAUUUUAAAACAAAACAGGCCAACCUCAGCCUCAUAUUAGACCACUCUAACUAGUAGGCAUGAUUUUCGGGAAAUGGAAUGAGGUUUGUAUUAACUCCAUAACUGUAAAACUCAAAAUUUGGUCUAUUGCCAGCUUUCAUAUUGUGGGAGAUUGAGGCGUAAAUGUAUGUAUUUUGGGCUAAUUUAUACAAGACCCCUAUAGUUUUAAAGAGAUUAGCCUGCCUUACGAAAUCCCCAAAUUUGGUGUUAAUCAAGCCGACAUUGAACAAGAUACCUCUUAACAGGUUUUGGUUAUGUUGCAAUAAUUACUGUUUUUGGUUGUGGUUUGUUCUAGAUGGUGACAAGAAAAUGGUUUUUUGCUCCAGUAGUUUAAAUAAAUGUUUCUUUUUUGUGUGUGAAAUAUCUACUUGUAAGAGUCAGUGGGUUAAAUAAACUACACAAUAAAUCCUACUAUUUACUUUGGUAAUGGAUUUCUUGACCUUCUGAUCUCUUCUGUCUUAGACUUGAAGUUCCCUUGAAGAUUGGCGUGGACUUGACAGCGUAUAGCUUGCAAUGUAAGUGUAUGCUAAUAAGUUUUCUAUCCUGGGGAUUGAAACCUUGUUUACAUGAAUAAUAAUUGUAUGCAACACAUUGUAGAGCGUUAAACAGGCUGAUCUCUAGUUUUUGUAUUACAGCAUUUUCACUUGCUCAUUCUUAGUAUUGCAAAAUAAACAUGGUGGUAGAAUCUUAUGUAAAAAAAAAACUAUCUUCAACCUACAUGUAUUAUGAUUACAUUUGCCUGCAAUACCUCUUAGGGCUGUUUGUCAGGGAUAUAUUUUGUUCUGUGUUAGCAGCCAUAGUCAGAGUUGAGAGGAAGAGAUUACAAAAAUGCUUUCAGAUCUUCAAAGCUUUAAAAUGAUGGCCUUAAUACAUGUGUUAUUGACAAAGUACAAUACACAGUCAAUUCAUUGCAAUGCAAUACGAUAGCCUGUCAAAUCAAAAUGUGGAAACUUUUAAAGUAUAAAGGUUGUUAAGUGGUUUUCACUAGACUGGUUAAUAAAUAUUGCCUUUGUUCACUGCCUCUGAUAAAGAUGUUUUUCUGAUUCCUCUCAUCCAUUCAGCUCAUCUUGGAGAUUUUGAUCCUGAACUUCAUGAACCAUCAACCGAUUACAUAACAGAGUUCAAAUUUAUUCCUAAUCAGGUAAAAGUGAACUUUUGAAAAAUCCUUAGAAUUAUUCAUGCUUGCUGCGCAACUAACAGUAGUUGACAGAGCUGUCUUUAAGGGCCGUAACUUGUAAAACCUGUUACAGCUGAACUCACUUGAUUCUAUGGGUCAUCAAAGUGGGAAGCUAAAAGUAACACUUUACAGUUAUGGGGAGAUGUUACGGAUGAAUCUUUAUUUGCUACGGCUGCUCUAAAAAUUAAUGACAGCCCUGCUUAGGUCAUGUUGCAGGAAUACAUGUAAACAGUACCUUGAUGGUUUUGGAUGGUUGCACCUAGGAUUUCAAUCACAGACAGACUCAAAAGUUAGAACCACCUUGUGCAGAAUAUGUUAAUAAUAAAUAGCUGCACUUGGGAAAGAUAAGUACAGGUCAGGUCUUCGAUACAUGAGACCCUUGCUUCUGUGGACGAAACACAAGACUGUUUUACAGAAGAUAUGAGAAGGAACAGAUGGAUGUGGGACUUUCUGACACUGGUCAAAGAAUGUAUUCCAAUGCAUGAGUCCCUUAACAAUUAUUCCUUGAGCCUACUGUCAACUAAACACAAGACUAUUUUACAGAAGAUAUGAGAAGGAACAGAUGGAUGUGGGACUUUCUGACACUGCUUAAUAAAGAAUGUUGGCUUAAUGUGGUGGAUAGCUGAUGAGACUAAAGUUACAUAUUUUUCCUACUUCCCUGAAUCUAGGAUUAAGUUCUGUAAGAAUGACAUGCUAGUGUUUCUUUUUCUUUUGAAGACAAAAGAGUUGGAAAAAGAGAUAAAGAAGAAGCACCAAGCACUUACGUAAGUGAAGAAAAUUUGAUUACAUUAUUAUUAUUUCUAUUAUUGUUUGGACGAAAAGAAAAAGUUACAUGAUAACACGUUGUUAUCAUGUACAUGUAUGAUUCAUUUAUCAUUUAGCCACAACUCAUGACUUGCUUUUGUAUUUUUCAGUGGUUUGAACCCAGCAGAAUGUGAAACCAACUUUCUAAAGAUUGUGAAGAACAUGGAUUUUUAUGGAAUUGACAUGCAUAGUGUUGUGGUAUGCAAUCUAUGUCUCACGAACGUUUAAUUAACAAUUUUGAAGAGGGCGAAAUAUGAUGUGAAGAAUUAUGCAGAUUUAGCAGAAUUGCUAUUCCCCAAGACCGAGGUGGGCAACUGCCAGAUCUGCAUAAUUCUUGUUCAUUCAAAAUAUUUCUAAGUUCUUAACAACCUUACCUCCUUGUAUGCUUUACUUCAAAACAUUUGCCUGUUUCUCCACUGACAUGGUUUCAGGAUUAAAGAGAUGUUCUUCUGGCAGAUAUCCCCCAAAUGUAAAUGACAUCUGUCAGGCAAUAUAUUUGGCAUAUUCUUAUAUUGCUUCCGUUAAGUUUUAAUCGCAAAUUCAGACAUAAACUCUUUUGCAGUUUUUUAGUUUACUUUUAUGCAUAAAAGCUAAGCUGCCAUGUUACUACCUGGAAACGACGUUGCUAUUUUAUACUGGGCCAAUAAUCCAUCAAAUCGGUUGUGGUUUAAAAGUUUUUGCAAAAUUCUUAUUACCAAAAAUAGCUACAGUUAGUAUAUUUCCUUGAAAGGAAACCGUAAACCUUGUUGCAUGCAUUUGUUUCAAAUGUCUAGUUUCUAAUGAAUAAUUAGCAAUUAUUCCUCGAGCCCGAAGGGCCCACGAGGCUGAAGGCCAAAUGGACUAUUGACUCAGAGGCCAUGAGGGUGAGAGGAAUAAUAGUGUUUUAGUAAAAUCCAACUAGUUGGUCAAAAAUAUCGAAACAAAACAACUUUACCUAGUUAAAGUUAAACUUUAAUCCUUGUUUGCUGCCAAAAACCUGGCGCUUUUCGCUACUAGUGGGCUAUAACGUAUAGCCUAGUAGUAGCUCAACCAAUCAGAACAUAGCAUUGAUGAUAGACCACCCGCUAAUACUACUAAAUAGUAGUAUUAGCGUUGUGCUCUAGAAGCAGCCAGUGACCCUGGAUGCCUCACUUUUGCUCUUGGGCGACCAAGAUAUCUUAGUUUUUUUAAGAAAUCAUAUGCUGGACCCAUGGAUUUUACAGGUUCAGGGUUCCCAGCUGCUCUCAAUUUGUCUUUUAGCACAGCCUCGGUAUAACUAUUAUUGCUUUUAAAAAGUUAAGUUAGAACAUCACUAACAACUUUACGAUUUUCAUAUCUUGUUAUUUUUCUAGGGAGAAAAUAAAGUUGAAUGUCAACUUGGUUUGACUCCUCGGGGAAUUUGGUUCAUAAAAGAAAGAGAGAAGAAAGCUCUGUUUUCAUGGUAAGUAAAAUAGUGCACUUCUUUGUUAUGCUAGAGCCACGAAACUCGCACACACCUCUGCCUUUGGCCUGCAGCACUCUCUCUUCAUCAGAUUUAGUGAGCGGAGCACAGGCGCGAGCAUCGAGCCACGAAGAAACAAGGACGGCAGCUCGUAGUCUAGCCUUCGAAAACACGCCUGCUAUUGUUUGUAGGGUUGGGGCAUUGGUUGGCUCAUUCAUCUGUUAGAGUCUUCACGAUACCCUAUUUCUUCGUGAGAUCGUCGAGAUAUAGCGCGUCUUACCGGUAAUGGCGGCCAUCUGGAUUUUCAAAUGUACCUUUUCAAAAAGCCCGCUUCCUCUCAAACCAACCCCGCCCCCUAUAAAGUAGUUUUGACACUCAUGCAAGAUGGCAGCCCGUAACGCAAAACGCUCGAUCUCGACCAUCUUACGGAAAAAAUAGAGGACUGUGAACAGUCUAUUCAUCUGUCGUUUUGCAACUCGCCUAAGAGCUUUAUAGCACCCCUGCUUCUGUCGUACAGUCACAUGAGCAUUCUGCGUCAUCUUCUUUAUUUCUGGUUCUCCAGGCAAAAGAUAACAAAGAUAUCCUUUAAGAAAAACAGGUUUUUGUUGGACCAUCAAGAGGUAAGGAACUUAAGUUCUUAGAAACGUUUUGAUCACCUGUGAUAGACUAGCGUCCCAUCAAAGGGGGUAUAAGUGCGCAAUCCUAAUCUCCAGAUUGUAUUGCGCAUGCGUCGCAUGUAUGUUGCCAGGAUUCGUUUGGACUUCCACUAAGAAUGAAUGGAACGUACAGAACGCAAUUUGAUCACGCGCGUUUGGACCUAGCCUGAAUUUCAUCCGAUUACUUCGAGUCGUUAUUUCUUCAAGUAAUCGAAUGAAAUUCAGGCUAGUUUGGACCUUCUAUCACUCGUAAUCUGAUCACGCGUGUUUUGUUAAAUUGACAAUCUCUCACGUGAAGCGUACGCAAAGCACACUAGCACAGUGAUGGAGCAAAAGCGUUUUGACCUUCGAUCGUUGUCGCCCGCAUUCCGCAACCUUUGGUUAUUACUAGGUUAAGUUCAUAACCAUGAAGUGACUAGGUUAAAAUCACUUUGUAAGGGACUAGCAUUGCAUGCUUGAGGAAAGUGUAGUGAUACAGUCGAACCCCGCCUUACAACCACCCCUUUAAUAAGACCACCUCUUUAUUACGACCAUAUUUUUUCGACCCAAGCGUGAAAACAUCACUGAGUCAUUUUAUUGUUUUAAAGACAUGCAACUUGUAAAAAAACUAUAAUAUUCUGCUUUGGGUACAAUAGAUACAUUUGUUGUUGUUUGUUGUUGUUGUCAAUGCGACCACCUCGUUAUUACAACCAGGAUCUUAUGGCCCAACGGUGGUGGCAUUAACGAGGUUCCACUGUAUUCUUAUUCACUCUAUCAUCACCAGAGGGAGUAGGUCUAUGGGCUUCUGCCAGCUCAAAUAAGCUGUUUAAUACUCGAGUGCUAUUGCACCUUCCUUUAUCAUUUACCAUAUGUCUGCUUUUGUCCAGAACCAGCGGCAUACUGAGAAUUUUACCUACACGUGCUCAAGUUCUCUCGCUGCUAAGCAUCUCUGGAAGAGCUCAAUAGAAUGCCAUACUUUCUUCAGGUAAACAUUCAGUGAUCGUCAGUAUUUGUAGCCUGCGAACAGGCUCGCUUACUGAAUUUCCUUGAAAAAGUGCCCACGCCCAAUAUAAUAGACAGCUUAAGCAAGAAAGACGGCGACGGCUACGAAAACGUCACUUAAAAAGUGAAUUUGCGCUACUUCAAACUUUAUCGCGCUUGUUCCAUCUCUUUCAGUUUGUCAAAUGUUGGCGAAUUUUUUAGGAGUUGAAUUCUAAAGGACUGCAUUGAAGUUCAGGAAAAGAAAAAGAAAUCGUUGUGUUCCCGUCCUCCAGAAAACGUGACGCUGUCGCUAUCGUCGUUGCGUAAGCUCCCUAAUAGGGACUUUAAGAUCCAAGGACGCCACGGCAACGAGAACGUCGCUUAAAAAGUGAAAUUGCCUUCUUUCUGUCUUUUAAUACCACAAUUAUUUCUACCCACUUACUUUGUCAAAUGUAGGCGAACCCUCCUGAAUCUGAAUUAAAAUAUCCAAGUUCAAAAAGGAAAUAAAAUUUCGUCUUUGCUUGGUUACCUUCUCCAGAAAACGCGAAAUUAGGCAUUUUCACGUCGUAGUUGUGCAAAAACGGCAAAGAAAUGUACAAAAAAGGGUGAUACACGUGCGAGUUGUUGUUUUGCUAGUUAAAACUAUUGCCCCCUCUCCUCCCCUCUCCUGCCCUCUCCUCCCCUCUCCCCCUGUCCCCCCGCUCCUCCCCUCAGAGAUACAAGGAAAAGCAGCUUCUAUUGCCACCCCAUUUUUAACCUGUUAGGCUUCGACUUCAGCGGAAUCAAUAAAGGAGAAAAGUUCCUUUUCGAUUAAGUCGCUUGGCUUCCAAUUAUUUCUAAAUCUAUGUGCUUCCCUUAUGUGUGUUAUCUCUUCCUUCAAUAUUUGUCCUAUUGCCACCUUGUUGUUAAAUGCUGUGAACUUCCCAGGAACAACUAUACCAUUCUCUAUUUCGUUCGAAGGAAAAUUUAAUCAGCGCUCUCCUCGAUUAGGCGCUUUUCUUCGAAUAAGCACCCAUCCUUUUGGCUAAAAUUUGAACAAGCCCCGCGCGCUUAUUCGGGGAAAUUGUUUGCCGUUUUCUUUCCCCUCCCGUCCUGUCGCUUAAGUUCACUCACAUGAUAUAUAAGACUGACCUAAAACUUAACUGUGUUCUUUGUUUGUUUGCUUUCAUUGACACAGACUCGUUAAAACAACCAACAAGCCAGCAAGAACUGGAAGUUUCUUAAGAUUUGGUUCCCGCUACAGAUACAGGUUAGUUCAGUUUUUUGUGGUCACAGUGUGACAGACGUGACAGUGUUUGUACGAUUGUAGCGUUACCCUGUUCUUACAUUCUGUUUUUGGCGUUGAUUCGUUUUGUUAAGGAAUGGAGAUUUUAACAGGGUUUUUUCGUUGCUUGUAGCGGAAGAACAGAACACCAAGCACAAAGAGAUGCAAGAAUGAGCGCUAGAAAAUCUCACAAGAUUCAGAGGUAACACUUACAAAAACUUACGUUUACCCUCUUAUCAUACUUAUUAUUAGUACGCGGUCGUCGUCCGUCAUCACUCGUAUGAUUACAGACCGGAUUGGACGACACGAAGUUCUGUUACCAAUUAAUCAUAACUUUAACAAAAUUUGUGAUAUAAUAGGCUAUUUUUUAAAUCAAAACACAAGAAAGUUGAAAUUUUGUUCUGCUAGCAGUGAAAAAAUAGCCAUUUAAGCGCGCUCGUGAUGGCGCGUACUCAAUUCUCGUUCAAUUACUUAGGCAUGACGCGUGCUGUAUUAUUAAACUUUUCAAUUAGUAUAGGUAAUAGCGUGAUUAGUAGUGAUAUUUGGCAUAAAUACCAAGAGUGAUAUUUCGAAAUUGUUAUACGUAAUUUCACGAGCCGUUAGGCGAGUGAAAUUUGAGACAAUUUUGAAAUAUCACUAGUGGUAUUUAUGCCAAAUUCCACAUACAAAUCAUGCUAUUAUUUGUUUAUACUACUACCGCCAAAAGGUUUGUAAUUUUCACAUGUAGGUAUUUCAAAUUAAGCUGAAAUACCACUGUUCUAAACCAAUCAAAUUGCAUAAAUUUCUCUUGUAGUGUUAUAAAGGCUGAAAUCAGGGCAGUUGAUAGCCAAUCAGAUUUGACAAUUUUGUUAUAGUUAUUAUUAUUAGCAGUAGUAGUACUUUUUCUAUAUCGCGGAUAUCUUUGGUAUAAACAUUAGGCAGCUUUAGCAAAGACAACGCAACGAGAAAUGACAAAACGAAAGCGCGCGGAAAGACUGAACACAACUUCCGGCUCACAAUGUAUAUAUAUAUUUCGGGAAACAAGUAAUAAACAGUUACUAACAGUGGAUGGCCGAAGUUUUUUUUUCCGGUGCACAAUAUGCCGCUCUGCCAUUGGUCAAGCCUCAAGCCGGCUGGUACGUAUAUCUGCCUUUAACUGCGCUCUCAAGUUCGCGCUUUGCCAUCGUCACUCUCUUCAAAUGGUUUUUGCUUGUACUCUGAUUCUUAGGAAACAAGCUCCCUGGACCUGUUUUAGACCAUAUUCUUAUUUUCAUCAGCGAACUGGAAAUAGUUAGGGUGCGAGGCUAGUGUCAAGCUCGUUGUACAGCAAGCUAGUAAAGCGAUCUUCAAGUUUUGUUGAAACACGAAACAAAAGCUGACGAUUCUUCAUGCGACUUCUUCUCAACCGACUUAUCUAGACUCGCGUUUUUUGUUGUUGUUGUUGUUUUUUUUUUUGCAAUCGGGUAAUACGUGAAACUGAAAGAAAGGCGUAACCUAAAAAUUGUUUGAACAAAUUUGACGACUACUGCAGUUCCACUUCAUUAUCGGAGAUUAUCCUCGUUUACCACGGGUUGUACCGAAUUUUUGAAGCAAUUUCCUUCCAUCAAACUGAUGACCAAAAUACAUAACUACAACAAAACCGUUCCUACAAGCUUAUUUUUUGUCGGUGGACGAUGUUUUCAGUUCAUUCAAGCGGAUAGCCAAUCACGCACAGGGCUCGAAAUUAACGGUAACCCGUUAACCAAUGGUUAGUAGAUUCUUGCGUUUGGUUACUAAUAAUUAGGCUGCAAAACAGUCGGUUUUUUUCUCAAAAUCAGUAAAGAAAUCGGUAAGGCGUGGCGUAAAAGUCUUAAGCACGCGAAGCGCGCGAGCCUCGCACGCCCAUAAGGCGUGUGAGGCGAGAGAAAAAAAACUGUAUUUUUAGCGUCUCUCCCCAGUCUCGCUCUCUGUUUUCAGCCUCGUUCCAGACCUUCUGUUUGACUGCUUGCGCGUACUUGAAUACGUAAAAAUAGCCCGCAAAAAUACGGACUGUUUUGCCGUCUAACUAAAAAUGAGUCUUACAAUCCCGACACGGUUAGUAAAAAUUUCUGUCAUUGAAAAUUUUACAUCUGUUUCUCCUUUGCAUAACAUUGUGUUCUAUCUUCAUCAAUUUAUUGUUCUAAAAGAUAUGCUUACAGCAUAAGCGAACAACAUGAAAACGCUCAUUUCACGGAACUCAGGGUAAACACGCUUUUGUUGGACGGGAAGACACAGCUAUAGAAGGUUCCCUGCACACGCGGAGGGCGUAUGAAAAAAGAAAGAACUUUCCACCAAGAAUCGAAAAAGGCAUUCACCUGGCUGCAGUUCGAUGAGUCUAAAGAACAAACAACGCUUUGCACUGUUUAUGGUGAAUUUCCCGCCCUUGAGCAACGUAAUUGAAAGGAAGUUGUAAAAGAGUAUUAAAUCUUCGAUAUUAUUUCGUUUUGCAGAUCAUCAUGUAACUUGGACCAAUCCAUCCGUACAUUAGUUUGCCCCAUUUUUAGCGCUACUUUCAACAGUCAAAAUAUUGUUAUUUCAAGAACAGAUUCUUGGAUAAUAAACUUUAUAGUUUGGUUAGUCAAAUUUAUGCCCACUAACCUUAAGGGUUAGUUAGCCAAAAAAUUAAUUUCGAGCCCUGGACUGACAGAACGAAUUGACAACCCUGACAGUUCAGAUCAAGAAGACAAAUUGUAAAGGGCUUUUUUAACAUCAAACAUGCAAAAACUGACAGUGAGGAAAUAAUUUUAAAUGAAAAUUUAUCUCUAUUUUUACUCCAGUCUGUCGAAUGAUAUGAGUGUAGUUGAGUAGCCCACUUCUUUGAGUGUCGAAGAUUGCAAACUUUUUCUUGCCUCGGAAGCCAUCAGCUUUCACCAUCAACCGUUAGUAACUGUUUAUUACCUUGUUUCCCGGAAUGUCGUUCUACCUGGCCUCAUUUCAAUAGAGAGGCUUUAAACAGCUCUGGUCGCGACUUUUCUAUAGCUCCUCUAAAGGGUUUCGUCCGGUCAAGAGCAGUCUGAAAAAGCUUAUUUCUCUUCACGAGACUCUCUCAUUUAAAACUUAGCUAAUUACACUCAAAUUUUGUAUCGACGUAAGCUAUUAAACUAAGGUGCGAAAAGAUCGUUGUUGUUAAAAAUAGGUGUUAAGUUUCCAUAAUGUUUUAGCAGGUGGGCAGCGAGACUUUCACAUUUCCAUGAAAAAUAAACUAAGACUUAUUUACAUGAAUAUUUUCCCUUCAGGGCGACAAGCGAGCGAUUCUCAAGAAGGCCUACUGUGGGUACGUAUGUAAAAAGAAAAUUAUAUUGUUGUGGCUUUUAGAUUUGAGUUUAAAGCAGGUACCUUAUUUAGGAAUGAAAUGUCCUUUUUCCCGUUUACUCUUUUCAUUUGUUUCUGUAUUGCACGGUUCUCUUACGUAAGACUAAACUUGUUCCUCGUUGGUUCGCCUUAUUAAUUAGUUCGGUUUUUUGCUCCAAUUUCUACCGCGGAUAACCCAUAAACCAACGGUCCAGUCGGUCUAGAUUUGAGUGCUUAAGUCGCAUUACUUGUUAAACCAGGGUUGCUAAAUUCUUAUCUAUCCGGGUUUUCAUUUCAGCCCGCGUAAAAAACGGAAUUUAAGUCCACAGUUAAUGCGUUCGAGUUUGUGGGGAAUUCAGUCCGGUCCGAACCGAGUUCGAGUUAACGAGCUUCUACGGUUACGGUAUCUCGCUGUAGUAAAAUUUAUUUUUUCCCUGCAAGCUAUUAAUAUAAAGUUUAGUGUUUAUCAUCGUUUUCCAGUAAUUACGUUGUGUCUUCAUUUUCGCGGACAAAUUAGUAAAUGCUCGAAGGGGCCUUUUACUGACGUUUAAAUGAAUGGCCGUUUUUAUACUAGAGGACGCAUUAUCCGUGCAGACGGAUUGACCGUUUUUAUACUAAAGCCGUAUUAUCCGCCUGGACGAACUUGGGCAAACAUUCGUAAUUCGUCUGGUUAGGGUGGCACAAGACGCUUUACGGGUAAUACUUCGUAAUACGUCUUGAACGACGCACUACGAAAGGUAGUUCGUUCGGACGCAUAAUGCAUCUUGUGCCCAACUUUAUACCUGAGACGCCUAACCAGACGAGCUACAAAAUGUUUUCCCAAGUUCGUCCAGACGGAUAAUGCAUGCGUCCUUAGUAUAAACGGAUCUGUCGGUUAACCAGAACGUUCUUACUCAUCACAUUUAAAUGCUAUCGUAACACCAGUUCAUAUUUAUGGAAAAAUCCACAAAGGUUCUACAUUUACAUAACCAAAGUUCAUUUGCACAUUCACAAAACCCAGUCUAUUUUUUGCCUCAUUUGAUAGCUCUUUAUGAACCUUUGCUUCGUGCUCUUUAGUGGUUCUUUUUUUGCCGUGAAACGACGUUUUCCAUUGAUUUGUAGUAUCCUUGCGUUUUUUAAGCUACACGAAAUAGUUUUUGAGAAAGAUACAAAAAAAGCACUUGAAAAAGGACGACAAUUUCAAAGUUAAGAUAAACUGGACUUUUUAUUUCUAUAUAUGUCGUUGUUCGUUCUUUUAUUGUAUUUACUUCGCAUGUAGACGAAAACUAAGGCCCUUUUUCGGUCCCUUGAAACAAAAUUUUUUGUUUACAAAAUUGAUGAAAGCUGUUUACAAUUUCGUUUUAGCAUGCACGUUUCAAGGCUUUUACCUCGCUUUUGCUAUGACACUCAUAAGAAGGUCUCGUUAAAAAAAGACAGUAGCUUUUACGAGAAAGAAAGGUACCUUUCGAGAUUUUAUAGGGGGCGCUUAUAAUCUCUCCCACGUAAAGGAUGGUAAAUUCCGACAGCUGUUUAAAUGUUGGUGAGUUAUUAGCCUUUUUCGAAUAUAUAAAAUCUUUAUAAAUCCUUAAAAUGCUGCGGUCCCAUUUGUUACUUGUUUGGACUAUUUUUUGUCGUUUCAUUUCGUUUUUCUGUGUGUUUGUGGCCUAAAAUUAAGAUUCCGCCUCACGAAUUCAGCCUCCGUUCGUUUUUAUUUGCAUAAACCAACAGGCUCUUGACUAUAUUAAACUUGCUGUAUUUUCUAUCGUUUAUUGAAGAUGCGAAAACGCUUGAAUUGCCACGCUCAAUAUAACAAUCGAUGACAGCUGAACUAAGCUUUCUCUUCCAAACUGACUGACUGAACGUUUUUGGUUCUCAAGUGAUUUAUCUUGUCCAAAGCAAAGAAAAAAGCGGAAGGGAAAUAAGCGACUGCUGAAAGAGAACAGUGACCUAUGUAUCCCUGCGUUAACUACUUUCACUUAAUUUUUCAAAGUAAAUUGCAAUGUUCUCAUUGAUUUGACCACAAGCGAACACGCACGAAGCUCAUGAUUUUUUUACCUGCACAACACUAUCCUACGGCCAAAAGAGAGAUGAUACCCUCGCCAUACUGAUAAAGAAUGGAAAAUAUUUAUUCAAAUUGUCAAUCUCGAGGAAACGAUUUGGGAAGCCAGAAAGGUUACUUACUCUCUGCAAAAUUCCUAGCUAUGCCCUUUCAAUAGUAUCCCUUCUUCUCGUUGCCCGCAGUUAUCUGACACCUUUUUUAAGAGUUCUUACUACGUGUUUUUACAGGCUACAUUCGUGUUGGUUCUCGCGUGUGGGGAAAAGCUCUGAAUGGCGAUUUUUACAAAGGGGUCGUGACAGGACUUGGAGAAAUGCUCCAUAUCAAGUUUGACAACGGGGACACAAUUGCGCACGACAGAUCAGACCCUGAGUGUAUUGUGUUUGAUCAAACACCGGAGGUCAGCGACUUGGAAGUUGGUAAGAGCACUCUUUUUAAAACUUUCGAGAAGUUUGGUGAUUUUUGCAUGAGAAUGACUAUAACCGCCUUCCUAUUUUUUCGUAUGAUCGUCAGUAUAGUGCUCUGCUGUGAUGAGCGACCAUCUUGGUUUUAUACGUGCCGAGGAAGAGGGGGGCGGGAAGGGGGGGGAGCGUGCGGGCGUCGGGGUUUAUAACGUAACAACCCCACCCACUAGUUGGAAUGGAUACUCUUGAGGAUCUUACGAGAAAAUAGGGGACUGUAAACAGUCUAGUAAAAUUUCGCCUCUUUAAUUGGCCAUUUGAUCCGCUCACCGAAUCCGCAUCUUUUUGAAACCGCACUCCAGCGUAAUACCACGUCCAGGGUUAAAAAGUAUGCGGUUUCAAACAUGUCCUGAUUCGCGUGGAUGGAGCCUUAAACUCAGUCAAUAAAACCAAUCUGUGCUAAGUAAGUACGGAAAAAUAGGAGACUUUGAACAGUCUAUAUUGUUAGGAGUAUAUGUUUUAAAUACGCAGCCAACUUUUGUUUGAGUACGUCUUCUCCUGCAAACAAAAUUACAUGCUAAAUUAUUUGCCCCUUGAAUUGAAUGUUGUACUGGCACAUUUGUAAUAACGAAGUGAAGGUUAUCUUCCUGUUAGUUGUAUUGUUUUACAACCCAUUGUCUUGUUUUUACAGGAAGUCGAGUGAUUGCUCAUUGGCCAAGUCUUCCCGCCAAAUUGGCCGGAAAAGUGAUUGGUAUCGAGCAUGGCAAAUAUUACGUGGAGUACGAUGAUGGAGACAAACAUCACAAUACAAUUGAACAACUUAGGAUUCUUAAACCACCCCUGUAUUUUGGUAAGCUCACGUACUAUUUACUAGCUUGCGAGCAAACUCUCCAUCUGGGGAAUAUCAAUUCAGCUAAGAAAUGGGAUCUGGUGCGCAUGUGCAUCAGCUGACUGUGUCCCUAACCCUUUAACUGGUUAGGGAGCUUGUGUGCUUAAGCCUGUUUUCGAUAUGACCUGGAACAAGAUCGGCGACUGGUCUGCAUCACGCCGUGAACAUGUGCAAAAAACUUGGUGUUAUUUUCGCACCGAGAUUGAGUGAAAUAGGUAAACGGAGCACGUUAACGACCGCUAAAAUAAAUUGGAACAUUUGUUCGUGAUAUCGUGAACACUUUGAAUACUUCCAAUGCAGGUAACUUCAGAUUCUGCCACAAACUGUCACUCACCGUUACAGAUUAUAUAGAAACCAAGUUAGCAAAGGUAGCGGCGACAGCAACGAGAAUAGAGAGCUUUAGAUUCUAAGAUGAGGACGACCGCAAUAACGAUAGUUUCUCAAUACUAAGUAGCGCGUACGCUGGAAACAGCGUUAUUUGGGCAGGAAAACGUGAUAGCCGUCGUCAUUUUACUACGGGUUUUUGCGAGAAUGUCGUAGUUACGGAAACAAGUUAUUAAAUGUUGGAGGUUUUGCAAUUAUGCUAUCAGAAAGCUUAAUCUACUUCAAUAAAAAUAAUCUUGCUAACUUUUAUAUCCGAAAAUUUCCAUGAAGCUUUCCGAGUUGUCGAUUUUUUGAGAAUAGGCGAAAAAAACUCUUGUUGAAUCUCGUACUUGUACUGGUCCUCGUUUUUUAUUCAAAAGGCCUCUAUUGGGAGUCUUCACGUGCACAGUAAUUUUGUGUGCAUGUCUUUGCUGUCCAUUCGUGCUUCGCGUAAUUUCCUUGUUCAAAGUCUAAUGGAAUACUUCGGCAUCAGCACGGCGAACUUUCUCGCUGAAUUUCGAUGCAGUCCGUAAGAAUUCCAUUCCGCAUUUCGGCUGUAUUUUUUCACCACCGUUAUUUGUGUCAUGCUGGUGGACUGCAAACAAAACCACCGCUCAUUAGACAUUUUGUUUGUCCACCAGUUGCUAAACCACUUUUACUAGAGGUGAGCUGGAGUUAACUGUAUAUACCCUUGAGAAUAGAAAGCUGUGUUUUUAUACGACUAAACUCGGUGUCGAGUUCAGUUUUCUCUGCGAGGCUAGACCUGUCAAGUUUUUGUUUGUGUGCAAAAUAGUUGCUGUUUGGCAUGGGUCUUUAGGCAGUUAGGGACCUUAAGCAAAGACGACGACGACGGUAGUGAAAACGUCUCUAAACCAGGCCGGAUAAAUGUUGGGCGGUGAAACGAGCGCUCCGCUCUUCAUUUAAUGUGUGGUGCGGAGUAGGACUGGCACGAGCGCUCUUUCCGCGCUUCCGGUGCGCUUGAAGGCCGGCGAAAUUUUCCUUUUUGCAAACGGGAAAUUCUAUUUUCUUUCUGUAAUUUCAGGCUACAAUGUUAAAUAGAUAAAUUCGUUUCAUAACAAUAUCAAUAAACAGUUUCAUAUGUUUGUGUCUGUAUGCCUAUAAGUCGAACUUGUUGGUCGUAUAAUGCCAAAAUUUGAAUACCUCCUCCUUCCACUAAAUAUCACGUGAUCGUCUUUCGCCGUUUCGUUUGCAAAUGCUUAACACUUCUUAACCUCAAUUUUUACAUAUGUUAAGCGCGGAGAAAUUUUAUAUAACAUAACAAAAAAUUAGAUUGAUAUAUUUUGAUAUAGUGGCGUUGUACUGCUUCAAACUUUGCUUCUCGGGUGCAACGCGCCAUGGCGAUUCGCGCAAUGCGUCGCAAAUCCGGCAACCGCAUGUAAACAAAAUUUAUUGAGGUUAGUUGCAGGGUUUUUUCUCCGUUUUUCUCUCUAAAACAAAACAAGGUAAACAGUAAAAACUGAGGGGAAACUAAUUUUGAAGUUUCGAAGAAACAGAAAGACGUAUGAGAUGUUUUUUUCAAAAUUAAAAAGAAGGAUGAUGGUGAUUGAAAUGAGCAUAAUUUCACCUUGUACGAGCUGCACGCAUUUAUAAAAUACCCGUCAUCUCGUUAUGAAACACGAUCUGCUCUCUUUUUGUUUUGCCAUGGAUGAGAUUUUCCUUCGUGUUUUAGACAGUACUUAGUUGUUUUUGUUUUGGAAUAACAUCGACAUUGGCGAGUAAGAGAACGAAAGUGUAAUUCAGUGGUAGAGUCAUGGAAGUAAUACGAGAAACCCUUUGAAAGAGAUGUUUGUCUACUCCAAUUAAACCUCCCGCAAAAAAUUGCAUCAUUUGCCUCUCGGAGACAGCGUACCAGCACAAAGGAACGAGGAAGAAGUUGCAAGAAAACAAAUCAAGCCGCCAUAAUUCAGUGACAGCGGCAGUGCCAUGGACAAACCACAUCGCAAGCCCUGACCGAAGCCGAAAACAAGCGCGACAUUUCUAAGCAGAGUCCCAGUCCACUGCAUCACACCUUUUUGCUGGGACGCGCUCGUUUCACCGCCCUACCUUUAUCCGCCCUGCUCUAAACAAAUGAAUUUGCGUUCUUUCAAACUUAAUCGCGUCUAUGUGGACCCGCUCAAUGUGUCAAAUGCAGGGGACUUUUCCUGGAGUUGAAUUCGUAAGGAUUUUAUUCAAGUUCACAGAGAAGACGGAAAAUUCGUCGUUGUUUGUCCACGUCCUCCAUAAAACGUCAAAUUAGAAGGUUUCACGUCGUAGGCGUGCAGUGGACGUCAAAGAAAUGUACUAAAAAGCGUGAUGCACGUGCAGAGCUGUUGUUUUGAUCAUUAAACCUAUUGUUUUUUGAAGUUGUCGUCGUCGUCGUAGUAGUAGUUGCUCAAGCUCUCUAUUAUCUUUAGAAAGACGUAGAAGAUACUCAAACUUAUAUUUAGGAUCAGUGCUUUGUCUGAUAUGAAAAGUUCAAUGAGGGGAAAGAGGGAUCACUUAUUUCCUAAUUCAGUGGAUAAAACUGUGGCAAUUAAGUACCAAACCAAAGAAGUGAAAAGCGUAAUGCUUAAAACGUUCGACAGGCAAAGAACUUCGGCACAUAGGCUUAUGUGUACCUGCGUAUUUACAAAGUCUUUCAUACCAGGAGGAGAUUCAUCCCUUAUUGCUUCCAUCGAGAUUUAAUGUCUGCGAACGUCAAUGCAUUUUCUGGUAGGACCUUAGCUAGCAAGCAACUCUCUCCAUAAUUUGGCCAUAUAUUUGUCUGCAUUUAAUGUGCUUAUCGUCAUGUUUUCUCUUCUUAGCUUCCUCUAACUGUUUUAGAAUAUAAUUAAUUAUAUAUUCUAAUAUGACAAUAACACCUCUACUGUGUUUUUGUGCACUUGUUUUGCGCAUUUAACUAGUGCUUCCUAGUUUUUAGUCUAAGAGGUCUCAACAGAUAUUUUCUCUAAACUAUUCGAUGAAUACGCAAAAACCAACUAAAACAAUAGGGCCAUUUAUACGAGGAAAAAUAAGACGCGAACUUUCCGUAUAAACGGCACAUUUCGUCUAAAAUAAGACGCGGCUUAUUAGAUAAGACAUGCUCGUAUAAAUGGUACAGUUAGCGUCUUAUUUAAGACGCGUCUUAUGUAAUACGCGUCUUAUUUUCCCUCGUAUAAAUGGGCCUAAUCUCUCUCGUAAUUGUAAAUUGGCGGUUAUUGAAGUGAGUGUCUCUGCUGAAGUUGGACAACGUAACAUUUGCACUCCAAAGAUACAAUUUUUUUCUUAGUCUAGUGAAAAAAGUUCUUAUUUAUUUUGCUUCCGGUGACAACCUCUAUUUUAAAGUACCCUUUUAAAGUACCCUGUCUCGUUUAGUUAACGGUAAACCCACGCAAGAGAGUAACUUCUGCUCGCAAAGUGAUUUUAAAGUCAGGAAAAGAUAAGAAAACAGUGUGACGUUCAUCGAUAAAUCAUUGUUUUGCCUACAAAGAAGUUAUUUUUAUCGAGUUUGUUUUCUGUAACCCUACUGGUUUUUGGUGGCUAUUCUCUUUACCCUGUUGUUUUAGCUUUUGUUUGUCCUAAUGACUUUGCCAGUAACAGUAACUAACUAUACUAAAUAUUCAGUAAUACGCAAAUCUUUGCGCUGAGAUUUUGAAAAUCCUUGAAACCGCAAACAUAGUUUGCCUCUCGUUACUGUUCGAAGAUCUAUGUUCUUAUCGGUUAAUGAGAUGUAUUCUUAAGGUAGGAUGUCAUAUCACUUCAACAUUUUCUGCUGUACGCUUUUGCUGUCCUAUUGUACUGUACAUGUUAAGUUAUUUUUUCAACACUUUGGCAUUUGGCCACAAAAUGGUCGUAAAAAGGCCAAGUUCAGUCGCUGUACCCGCCAUAUGCGGACCCUAACAUAUGUGACAGAAGGCCGGUGUUUUAAGUCGGGAGUGUUAGUUUAGUACAUCGCUUUACGUUAACUUUGUAGAGGAUAUCGCAAUAACAUCCCACGCAAGAAAAAUGGCGCCCAACCUUGUACAUACUGAAAUAUGAUUUACAGUCAAACCAGGUCAAGCGUUCCCGUCGCUAACGAACUAAUGAAUUCAUUCACGGAAAAAUGAUUUCGUUUGUUGAUUCAAUAAUCCAUUCAUAAAAUGAACAAUCCAAUAGUCAUAUUUAGCCUCGAUUCUAUAAUCGAAUGUUGAUUCGAUUACUGUUUUUUGAAAAAUUCCACUUUCCACAAGUUGACCUCAGGAUUUUGUUUUUUCCUCUUUUUUUUCUGAGAGUCGAGUGCUGGCGAGUUCUGAAGUUCAAACCCAAACAAACUGUUACAUUGUACGCCAGUUUGCUGCCAAUAAUCAGUGCAACAGACCUAGGCCUGACCUCUUAGAAAACACGACGGUCAAACUGAGGUCAGUGUAUGUGCGGUGAUUGGUGGAUUUCGAUCCUCGGCCUUUGUCAGUUUCUUUGCGUUUGCGGUCUGUCUAUUAUAGCUGUUAUUUUGAUUAAAGGCAAUGAAAAACGCAAUCGUAAACGGCAGGAAAAGGGAACCAAAUACGAUUGAACACAACUGACAAGAAUAAAGAAUAGGUAGAUUUUGUUCAUAAACCAAAUCAACAUUUGAUUAUUGAAUCGAGGUACAAUUUGACCGUUGGAUUAUUCAUUUUUUGAAUGGAUUAUUGAAUCAACAAACGAAAUCAUUUUUCCAUUAAUGAAUUCAUUAGUUUGUUAGCGACGGGAACGCUUGACCUGGUUUGACUGUAAACUCUCCCCAUAAUUUAGAUUGAUUUUAUUUGACUGCUGUAUGCCUUUUUUGUUGGUUCGACCUAAGUACGCCGUUUAAAUCAGUCGCGAAUCGAACUUUGUCAAAGUGAAGUUGGGUACAUGCAUGACGCGGUGUAUUUCUGAACAGGACAUCACGUCAUUAGUAGGCGAGAAAUAUUUUUCCCGAUGUAGCACUUUAAUAAUAACUGUUUUCAAAGUUUGAAAAAAGUGUUAACGCAGAACCGGAAUGAUUUAUGAACAGUUGAAAGUUGCUGGUUUGGAAGAAUUGAUGUCUGCCUCUCAGACAUUGCGAUUAAAAAGGUCGGGAAAACUGGGCUAGGAAAGAGAUCUACUUUUAUUUUACCCCGUUAUUCUUUCCUUUCAGCGAGGAGAGCUUGAAUAAUAGACAAAUUUCUUGAUAAAUAUUUUUUAGACAGAUGAGAGAAAGUUGAAUUAAAUCUUUGAACUGAUUCCAGAUAUUGAAAGUAAGAGCAAAACAAUUUCCUGGCGAGAUUAUUAUAUUUAAAGCUAAGCCAAGUUUGAAUUACUCUCUUAUUACAGAUGAGGCAGAAAUGGUCAUUCUUGUUUUUAAUUUUCGGUAACUAUGCAGGAUCCUAUUAUCACCGGCCAACAGCUCAGCUCUAUUUGUGAGUAACAAAACACCGGUUGUGGGAUUCAUUCCAAUGAAGGCGUUUUCAGCUGUUUGAAAUAGUUCGCGAAUUUUCUUUACCGCUGUAAAUAAUUCAUUUUUACCUCAGGGGCUCUGUUGUUAAAUAUUGAAGUCACGUUGGAAAUAAGUGCUUUGUCGAAGAAUUUGUUCUUAACCCGAAAAAGAGCAACUUAUAACGGAAAAAAGCUUAAAUUUAAGAGAGACGUUAAUCGCAAACGCGGCGAAAGGUAAGACAUUAUGUAUUGGUGUUAACCUCGAGGGCGUUGUGUUAUAUUGGUUCAUAUAGUGAACUAAAGUUACCGAUGCUUAGAAAGUUCUUGAACGUACGGAGUGCCUUUGUUAUGGAUUUAACGUCAUGUGGUGAUUUCAAAUAAGUAGAAAAUAAAGCUUCAAGUGGCUGCAUGUAACUAUUCUUGCGAGAACAGAAAGCAGCCGAGCAUAAAUAUACGUCGCAUUUGCUCGCUUCAGCUCACAGACAAACACAAGCUUUCGACAUGGUAAAAUCAUCUCGGAGAAUCUAUUUCAGCCGUGCAGUUCACAACUUCCUUAAAGGUUUGUUUGGCCUUGAUUUAAAUUGAAAUGUCCUUAUAUAUUUUGCCUUGAAGUGUGGUAUUGGCCUUCCAGUUAAAGUUCUGUUGACAGGUUUAGUAGUAUUUUUACAAACGUUUUCACAAAUAUUGCGACGCUUACAUAAUCUUUUGUCUGUAUAAAUGGUCAUUUACAGAGUUUUACUGUAAUUGUUUCCAGUGGUUAUGUUCUACAGUUGUCGAGUUUUGUUUUUGUGCAAUAUUAUAAAGACUACAAUGAACUGCACAAAAGUGGAAAAGAACACACAAGACCUUUUCGCUUCAAACAAAACAGAAGAUUACACGUUCCGACACGGAGAUUGUUUAUUUAUUGUGUUUCUUGCAUGCAAAGUAAUUUCCACCUCUACUCGUGAAGUCAAAUGACCGGGUUAUGUUUUUAAACAGUUGCGUUUUUGUGACAUUGUAUUAUUUUUUAAAGGGUAUUUCCUAUUUUAUCUGCUCGUCAAACGUGUCAGCGAAGUUUUACAAGAAUCCAUACUCGCUCAAUCCAAAAAAAAUGUCGUAUUAAUACUAUUCUAGAAUUGCGUUCCGGCGAUUUUUAUUGUGUUCGUAAAACCCAUUAAUAGCUAAGUUGAUAUGAUUAACAAACAGUGACAUUAAGCAUGAACAGUCGAGAACGGGAUGGCUGGUUGGAUCACUGUAAAUUGGUGCGUUUAUUGGAAGGAGUUGUCAUGAAUCUGGUUUAUAAUUCUAAACAAAUUUCCAACGUGAUAGAAAUUGUUUGUUUCCCGCUGAAAACUACGCAACGACGGUGAAUUAGUCCAGAAAUUGUGUCCUUUUUUUUUUGGUAAAUUGUUGUGUUUAUUGUAAGGAGUUUUCUAAAAUCUGGUUUAUAAUUCUAAACAAAUUUCCAGCGUGACAGAAAUUGUUUGUUUCCUGCUGAAAACUGCGCAACAACGGCGAAUUAGUUCAGAAAUUGGGUCGUAUUUUUUAGUAAAUUGUUGUGUUUAUUGGAAGGAGUUUUAUAAAAUCUGGUUUAUAAUUCUAAACAAAUUUCCAACGUGAUAGAAAUUGUUUGUUUCCGCUGAAAACUGCGCAACGACGGUGAAUUAGUCCAGAAUUUGGGUCGUAUUUUUUAGUAAAUUGUUGCGUUUAUUGGAAGGAGUUAUCAUAAAUCUGGUUUCGAAUUCUAAACAAAUUUCCAACGUGACAGAAAUUGUUUGUUUCCUGCUGAAAACUGCGCAACGACGGUGAAUUAGUCCAGAAAGUGGGACGUAUUUUUUUAGUAAAUUGUUGUGUUUAUUGUAAAGAGUUUUCUAAAAUCUGGUUUAUAAUUCUAAACAAAUUUCCAACGUGAUAGAAAUUGUUUUUUUCCUGCUGAAAACUGCGCAACGACGGUGAAUUAGUCCAGAAAUUGAGUCGUAUUUUUUAGUAUCUAUCCUUGUUCAUACGAAUCCGGAUAUUUUAGAAACCGCAUUUUUUUCACGAAUCAGCCUUCCACCCGAAACAAGUGAAUCCGCCCGACGAAAGUACUCUUUUGAAAGUCUAGCCAAAACCGCAUCUUUUUUAAACCGUCCUCAAGAGUGUUCUCUUAUCUUGACGGAUUUGGGACCGCGUGUAGUCGAUUGAAAUUCAGUUUUCAGUAUUCAGCCUGCACGGAUUUGUGUGAACCGAACGAGGCCUCAAGUGUACAUUGUAACCACCGUGCCGUAUUUACUCGAUUAAAAACAACGGCGUUUAUGAAAUUUUUAACCUUUCCAAUGCGGCGUUUAUUUCGGCAUCACUUUUUUUAAAUCGCUGAUAACAGUUAUUGUAAAUCGUUUGUAAAUGUUGUGUAAUUUAAAGGUUCUUUGCUGAGAUAGAAUCGUAAAUGUCUGAAUGGUGUAAAUUACCAAGUUGUACCGAGGUUUUUCUUAUCGGUAACCUCGAGUAAACGCCGCAUUCUUCUGAUUAGGUGCGGCGUUUAUUCGAGGCGGCGCAGCCUGCGAAUGGCAGAAGUUUCCCCAGGCGAUGAGCGAGGAGAAACGUCGGCCGUUCCCAGGCUAAGGGCGGCGUUUAUUGGUAAUUUUCCUUCCAUCUACGGCGUUUGAUCGAGGGCGGCGUUUAAUCAAAUAAAUACGGUGAUUCAAGUCCACGGGAAAGGUACUAUUCAGUAUUUAUGUGGAUUAACUCAAAUUCAUUUAUUUCGUUCCAGGACCUGGCUCCAUGAGAAGGAAACCCGUCAGGAAGGCGGAGUCAAUGAAAGUCACGAGUCUUACUGGUAAAGCUGUGAUCACUACCGAACUUCCCAAGCGAUCGCAUUCUAACGGCCAUGUUAAAAGUGAAAGUGGAUCAAGAAAUGAAAAGUUAUCGUCGACAUCUUCAUCUGUUGAUGGUGCUGUUUUUCUGCCCCCUGCAUCCGAAGACACCGAAGAGAAGCCUUCAGGAUCGGUCGGAACCAGCGAUCUUCCAGAUGGUUUGCCGAAGAAUUUUCACAUGAGAUCUGCAUCACUGCCUGCUAAUGUUCGAGCUCCGAAAGGAUCGGCUUCAUCUUCGCCUUCUUCAUCUCCAAGACCUGACAAAAAAGCUACGCGCAACAAAUCGUUCGGCGGAAUGACGAAAAACUCCCGUGCGAAGAAAGCUCCGUUGGAAAUUUUCUCUUUACCCGAAACGGACGUAGAUUCCGGAAUCACUGUGGCGUGUGAAAGGCCGACAUCGGGGCGUGCAUCAAAACGAAAUCUGCGCAUUAUGGAUCUUAUGAAAAACACAAAGGUAGCUGAGGAGGAGAAAAAGGGCAAGCCCACUAAAGAAAAGUCGCGUGUUAAGUUACCAAGCGAAAAGUCAGCCGGGAAGCGUAGUCCAAAUCUUGCUCGUCCAGACAUCCGGGUUCCUCCGAAUGCCCCGUAUGCUCCAAAUUAUCUAGAAACCGAUCUUGACGAUGACCCGAGAAAACGAGGAAAUUAUUUGGUAGAUGCACAGCGAAGCUUCCACGUGUUUAUCCCAAGUAACAACAAGAUGAACCAACCUAAGCGCUUCACAUACUUCGCAGGAAUCUCCGCUUCGGAUGAAAAACUCCUUCGGGACAAGGAUACAAAGAGGAAAAGGUUAGGAAAUCUUAUUAACGCACCACUUCUAACUUAUGCGUCUGUGGGUGAAAUGCUACAGUGUAGGCUACUGAGCAGUAAUUUCCUGUGGUGCUUGAUGUUGCUUGAUUUUGCUGUACAAGAUGGUUCUGACUUUUGAGUUUGUGGAUGAAAUCCUAAAGUGUGACCAUUCAAAUGAAAGCUACUGAGCAGUACGUUUUUGUGGUACUGUUUAUUAUGCUAUACAAGAUGGUUCCGACUUGGAGUUUGUGGAUUAAAUCCUACAACAAAAUACGCAGUACUAUAGGAAAGUACUGCUUAGUAGCUAUGAUUUGAAUGGUCACACUGCAGGAUUUCAUCUACAAACGCUAAGUUCGAACAAACUUUUACAGGAUAAUAUACAGUACCACAGAAAACUCAAAAAUACUUCUCGAUAGCUUUCACUUGAAUGGUUACACUUUACAAGAUGGUCCUGAAGAACUUUUGAGUCGGUGUAUGAAACCCUAUGGUGUGACCAUUCAAAUCAAAGCUACUGAGCAGUACUUUCCUUUUGUACUAUUUAUGAUGCUGUACAAGAUGGUCUUAAAGGUUUUUUUAGUCUGUCAUUGUCUGUGGAUGAGAUCCUAAAACAUAAACUAACCCUGACCAGUUCUACUAACUUUUGUACCUUUUUCUAACAGAACCCGCAACUCAUCUGCUUUCAAUUCCACUUAGCGCUCUGAAAGUUUCCUUUUCCCAACACGGAGUAUUAACAUCGUCAAUCAGUUAAAUCUGAUGACUUCAGUAUUUCUUUUGGUUUCUUUUUAGGAGGCGAAGUUCGCUCCCUGACUUGCGUCUUAUUGUUAAUCAAGCUGAAGACGCUAAAACUCUUCAGGGGUAAGUUUGUGUCAUUACUAACGGCCGUCGUUCUUGUUCUUUUCUUGUUUUGUCCAAUUCUUUACUCCUUGUAAUUGAUUUAUUUCUUUUAGGAAUGACAAUAAAUUGUCCCGGAAAAACAGAACUCAUUCUCUGAAUGACCUCGCAAAAAUGUAAGUUUUGAAGAAUGGUUUGUCCGUAAACAGGCAAUUCAACUUAAAUAUUCUGCCAGGGAAAGCGCGUCUUCCUCCCUCACGCGUCAAAGUGACAUCGACCCUAAGGAGGUGCGACACCUUAUGACGACUACACAAUAUAGCAUUUACUUUCAGUGAAUUUUAGUGAUAAGUGUUAGGAAGCGUAGUGAAGGCUUCAUAAGGAGUCCGACCUAUCUUAGGUCGAUGUUAUUUGGUCCCAGCGCCUUUCUAUCGCUUUUCAUGCGGGCUAUAAUAUUGCCUGCCUUGUGCAUCCACUAAGGGCACCUGUUCAUGGACUAAUGAACAACUAGUUUCAUGACUUUUUGCUCUCGAUAAUGGAAGCAGAGGACGAUUAUGUUGAAGUGCCCAUUCUCCUACAAAAAAUCGCAAAUUCUGCAGCCACGACUCAAUGCACUAAUAAUUGAUAGGUUCUGUUAGUAGUAAAUUUGUCUUGUAAUCCCAUUCUCUAAGACUGUUUUGUAAUUUGAGCUUGUUCUUCUGCAAUUCUUAUUUAUCCACAUAGUUUAUUUAGGUUACUUUACAAUAUCAUCUGUUAUGACUGCUGUAACUUGACCUUUCCUCUCCGCCCGCCUUGUCUAGCUUUUGCUAUUUGCGGGCGGAGAUGGCAAAAUGAUGAGUAUGAAAAUAAAGUAUAGUGUGUGUGUAAGUAACGAAUGCUGUGCGUCUUCAAGAACUUUUAUACUUACUCUGAUUCUUGCGGUUUCUGUUUAGGUCGCCAUCUAAUUCUAAGCAGACUCCACUGCAUAUUGACAAUUUGAGCGCUGCCACAGAAAAUCGGGUUAGUACAUUUGUUUUGGAGUUUAUGGUGACUUGCUUAUGUAAUUGUGACGUCACAUGAUUAAGAUUUCUAACUUAUGAUUGGUCCAUUAUGCUAAAUGAAUUUAUUCCUGCGGUGUGUUUGGUUACUUGCUAUACCAUCCCCCUGUACUACUCAUCCAACAGCUAUUGAGGCUGAGAAGGAUGUGAAGAAUUAUAUAGAUCGAGGAGGAUGUUAUCCACCUAGGCUAAAGGCCGAGCUUGAUAACAUCCUUCGAGAUCUACAUAAUUCUUCACAUCAUACGAAAGCCGAGUUCAAUAAUUGUUUUGUUAUUCAUUCAAAAUAUUUCUAAGUUCUUAACAUGCUUACCUCCUCGUAGACUUUCUUCAAAACUUGGGCCUAUUAUUCGGCAGUUUCAAUCUUUUCUUUUGUUUUCUUUUGCAAACAAAAAAGGUUUUUGAUGCUCGUUCUUAUGCUUAUGCUUUCGUCUCCCCGAUUUACAUGUAUAACACAAAGACCCUGGUGUAUGGAAUGCCGAAUUGACUUUAAAUUCUCUCCUGCGCAGGCUGAUUCACCGCUGUUCUCUCCGUCCAUGGAACAAAGCGCUUCCAGUAACAAACUAGUCCAAGUCACUGAUCUGUAACGUCAAGACUGCAACGUGUCACGCCAGCGCAGCCUUAAAAUGUCGGCUCGUCAUGCAAUCCAUGCUUGGUCAAGCCGGGGACGAAGAAGUCAAUUUUAAUGUUUAACUGUUCAACUUAUUAUUUUAAAUUUGUACAAUAAAAUUGCAAUUGUAAAUUAAUAUUUGCGGGAAUGUUAAACAGCUCUUCAGAGCGAAUGCCAUGUCUUUCUAUCAGAAUAUUUUAACACUCUUUGGACUUGUUUAGUUUCUUUGUAUUAGGACAAAGUAACUUGUAAUUUUGUUAUCUAUCUCGCGAAAUUUCAGCAGAAAGGGGUACUGAAUUCUUAGCGUGAUUAGUUAAUAUUUUGAGUUCUUUCGGGAAUUGUUACGAUAACAAAGACUGCAUUCGCAGAUCGAUAUUGCAACCUAUUGCAACCUUUAGAAAACGUAGUACGGAAAGGACGACUUUCAUUUAACAGCUGAGGGUGAAUUCAUUUGCAACAUAUAUGACCCUCGCAUUACGAGUGGGCAAAUGCAAUAUCAGGUAUACGCGUAUGUUGCAAAGUGAAUCCACCCUCUCUUUGAAUAAGCUUAUUUAAGGCCCUGAGUAGUCGUAUAGAAAAAGUUCGCUAUAAAGCGGCAUCGCCGUUAGCUUUCAGUUUCCAAUAGUCCUAUUCUAACCCUGAAUAAAAGUAAAGUGGGUAGC